AUGUCCAUUUACGAGAAGGCGGCACAUCAAUACCGCAUUGGCUUCUGUGACCUUGAAGAGCCGACAUGUAUCUUCGAGCCCACUCAUCCUGGUGGUGUGGUCGAUCAGAUAAAGAAUGGUGACGUCCAAGGGCUCAAAAGGAGACUUGACGAGGGUCUGGACGCUGACGGAUACAAUUUGGCGGGGAUUCCGUUACUUUCCCUGGCCGUAGUACAUAUGCAGCCCGGGUGUGUUGAAUUACUGCUAACGUACUGUGCAUCCCCCAAAACAAGAGGCCACUGGCUCGUUGCAGAGCCUCUUGACUAUGUCAUGCCCGCUCCUCUCAGUGACAGCUUUGGUCACCAGGACGCCAUCAUCCGAAUGCUAAUCAACGCUGGCAGCAGCUUUAGCUAUUUCAACGUUCUGGACAGUAUCUUUCUCUCCGAUUCCUUGGAGCUCCUGCGAAAGGUCGUGCAGCAGCCCCCUGGUCUUUUCGCUGAAUGGCCAAACAGUGGUUACGAGAUGAUUUUGCUUCGCGUGGCACGGUAUGGAAAAGGUUGCGUUGAAAUUGCCGAUUUGAUUGUUUCCAUGGUGCCUGAAGUGCUUGAAGUGAAAACCACACUGGGCGAUACAGCUCUAUAUGUUGCACUUUUCAAUAGUGAGGCCGAGAGUAUGGUCAAGAAUCUUCUUCGCUUUCGCAUUGACCUUUUGGCGCUGAAUACCACAAAUGUAUCAGCCCUCGCUAUUGCUGUCCGAAAAGGUCUCGUCGGAGCGGUCGAAGCUAUGCUGAGCCGCCAUAAUAUUGAUCUGCUGCAGCUUCACGAGAAAGAGCCCAAAACGCAGCUCUUGAUCUGGCUAGGGUAUGGGGGUAUGAAGGGCCUUGGGUGGCGCUAA